UUCAAACUGAUUGAGCAAUUGUGUGCUAGUGUGCCAGUUGCAUUGCCAUUGGUUGCUCCAGAUUGCAGAAGCUGGAGCCCUGCUGCUUUGCUGCUUUUUCAACAAACAGUCAGCAGAAGGGGAAGGAGGGACAGGCAGGCAGGCAGCUCAGAGGGAGAGAGAUUCAGAGACUUAGCACGAGCCUGUGGCUUUUAUAACGCUGUGUGAGCCCCACUCUGCACGUGCCAUGUGCAUCUUUUGGCCCCCCAGGCUGGUGCUGGCCAUGCUAAUGCCCAUUCUGGUCACAUCCGAGUACGAGUACGUCAGCUGGAAGGACCUGGGGGACAGCUAUGGUAAAAGUCCCCAGUGCGUUGACAUCCCAGAGGACCUGAGGCUCUGCUACACCGUGGGCUACCACCGCAUGCUGCUGCCCAACCUGCUGGAGCACGAGACCAUGGCAGAAGUGAAGCAGCAGGCGGGCAGCUGGGUGCCCCUUGUGCACAAAAGGUGCCACUCAGGUACGCAGGUCUUCCUCUGCUCCCUCUUCGCCCCUGUGUGCCUGGACAGGCCCAUCUACCCCUGCCGGAAUCUCUGCGAGUCAGUGCGGGACAGCUGCACCCCCAUCAUGGAGGCAUUCGGCUUCCCCUGGCCAGAGAUGCUCAACUGCAGCAAGUUCCCACAGGACGAUAUGUGCAUCGCCGCCAAUGUCACGGACGUGGCUCAGUCACCAGGCAACAGCCCCACGUGCCCUCCGUGUGACAACGAAAUGAGCACAGAAGUCAUUCUGGAACACUUGUGCGCCAGUGAAUUCGCUAUCAGAACCAAAAUAAAGGAAGCAAAGAUAGAGAACGUGGAUAAGAAGUUGAUCCUGCAGAAGAAGAGGAAACAAAUGAAGCCUGGAUCUCUAAAGAAAGAGGAGCUGAGGAAGCUGGUGCUGUAUCUGAAGAACGGAGCAAACUGUCCUUGCCAACAACUGGAAAAUUUGCGCAGCAACUACCUAAUCAUGGGCCGUAAAGUGGGGAAGCGGUACCUACUGACUGGAAUCCACAAGUGGGACAAAUCUAGCAAAGAGGUCAAGAAGGCUCUGAAGAGGCUGCAAAGCCAAAAAUGUCCUAUAUAUGAAACGUCUUUUAAAUGACUGACCCCUCAAUAGCCAUACACAUGUAAUAUAAUAAUACAGAUUGGAGUUGUACUCUUGUUUUGUCAUCACUAUAUAGCCUUGUGUCGCGUUUUGCAUUGUAGUGAAGUUUACGAUGAAGCGCUGGGGCAGCGGUGGUUCGUCUGCACUCCAGCGAUGGAGAAAAAAAAAACAUUACAGUCUCAAAGUGUGCCAAGAAUGCAUUUGAAUAACAAAUAGCUGAAUCUAACCAUAAGGGCCAAAAGCCUUCAAGAUAACAUUAUUACUCUGUCUCUCUUACACUUUUUAAACGUUCACCCAUAACAAUUAAAAACACUCAUAAUUCCACAUCUCAAAGCUACGUUGCCUGCUUUAAAGAUGUUAUUUUUGCACAGCUGUAUAUCUGAUUUAUGAUUUGUGAACUUGGUGUCAUAAUGCUUGAGUCAUCAUUCAUAAUUUGCUUUGCAUCUUCUAUGACUCUUCAUGUAAAGGGACCGUAUUAUCAUCUAAUUCAGAAAAGACCUGGUCAUAUAGUAGAUUAAUACAUCAAUAAUUUACUUCUAUUCGUAUCAUAUUUAAAGUCUGAAAUCAAAAUGGACCUUAUUAGUAGGUCAUACCAAAAAUAAUAUCAUUUAUUUUAAAGGGCUCAUAUCAUACAUUUUUGUUGCAUUUUAUAAUUACCACUUAUAAUGUUAUUACACAGGAUCGUUUUGGUCCCUUUAAACGGGAACUCCACUGAUUUUUUCUGCAUAAUUAGGUGGUUGAAAUGUAAACAUUAAAAUUGGUGGAGUUGCCCUUUAGGGCUGAAAAAUGUUAGUUAAGUAGUCUGUUAAAAAGUAGUCCAAGAUUCAGUGUGAGUGGGUGGGGCUAAACUACUGUAGGCUGCUGAUAGAUGGAUAUAUAUGUAAAUGAAUCACUUUUUGUGACAUCAUGGAAGAAUUUAUUUCAAAACAGUUUAGUGCACAGAUAUGAACUGUAUGUUCUGGCAAGAGAAAAGUAUGCACUCAAAUUUUAGCAAGUAUUAUUUACUAGAUUAAACUCUCUUAUUUCAAAACGUGAGGAAAUUCCAUGAUAUGGGCCCUUUAAAAGACUGCAUUCUUGUUUUCCUUGAUUUAAUCUUCUGUCAAAAUCAAAUGAGUUAUGCUCUGUUUUUUGUCUUCUGUUUUUUGAUUGCAGCACUGUCAGGGUUGGGAAUUAAUGGUAUACAAGUACUGGGAAUACAUAUUCAGAAUAUAGAAAUGAAGUAUUCAUCCAAGUUACAUUUUUUAAAGGCCGUGUUCAGUGUACAGCUACUUUUUACAUUUUUAGGAGAAUACUUUUAGAAUACUCACCCACUAAAUAAAAAAAAUUAAACCUU